AUGGACCCUCAAGACCGCGGGCCUUGGGAGGUCUCCGAUGGCGCUUGCUACGUCGCCCUCACCUACGACGUCCUCGACGCCACGUCCAUCAUGAACCGAGUCCGCUCACCACAGGCCGGGGCCAUCGUCCUCUUCUCCGGCACAACGCGCGACACCUUUGGUGACAAGCCCGUCAAGGAGCUCCAGUACAGCGCGUACACUCCGCUCGCCCUUCGUACGAUGCUCUCUAUCUCUAAGAGCAUCCUCGAGCGGCACGGCCUCAAGGGGGUCGCCAUGAUCCACCGCCUUGGCACGGUGCCCAUCGGCGAGGAGAGCAUCCUGAUUGCCGUCUCGUCCCCGCACAGGCAGGCGGCGUGGAGGGCGGGCGAGGAGGCUCUGGAAGAGUGCAAGGCCAAGGUCGAGGUAUGGAAGCGAGAGGAGUUCCACGGCGAAGAGGGCGUGUGGAGGGCGAAUCGAGACGGCGUCGCUGGACAGAAAGUGGUCGACGCAGACAGCGAGGCUGGGGAGCCUGCUCAAAAGCCACCGGCUCCUGCGUAG